AUCUACAAUACAACAAUAACAAAAUAAUGAUAUACUUCUAUAUACGCCAAACCCGAACGUUUUUCAAACUAUAACAACAAUGCAACAAUAAUUAUACUGUAAAUUACUUAUAUUAUGUUUGUGGUUCAGCUGCUGCCGCCACCGUCAACGUUAGUACAAUUAUUAUCACCAUCGUAUGAAAUUAUCGUGAUAACGUCAUCGUCGGGCGGCGUCUGUUCGAAACACUCGAAUAAAGCCAACACACUGGAAAGAAAACCCAAAACAUUAUCGUUGACGGACUGGAAGCUACGCUAUGUGGAAUCCCACCCACGUCCAGGUCACUGUACAAAGGGCUCGGCUGCACGUUGGAAGUAUAUUAGACUCUGAGCUGUUCGUUACCAUUGCAUUGGGCGGUGGCCAAGGUGGUGGUCAAAAUCACCAUGGAGAUAAAUAUCAAACAUCGUCUAGAAAACCUGAAAAAGACAUAGAACAACAGGGGGACGACAAAAAUGUUGUAGAAUGGCACGAAGUUUGCGAGCUAGAAAUACCAGAGUGGCGGCGUGGUGGUUCUCCUGAAUUGGAGUUGUGUGUGCGAAAACGUCGAGCAAAUUCUUCUUUUAUGGGCGGUUUAGUACCUCCAUCAGAUAAGGCAGUAGGUCGCACCGUGGUUCCAUUAGAUGAUGCAGACGUGUACGAGCGGCCCAAAAGCAAGUGGUAUCAACUACACACUAAAAACAACCGGGGCGAUAUUGUUGGAGAGCUUCAAGCAAAAAUUGCUUAUACUGUUAAAGCGUCAACAGGGACAAAUCUUAAUAAAAAAGAAAAACAUAGAUUGUCAGUUGGUCAUCUUUCUUCGUCAUCUAGUAUUAGCGGUAGCUUGUUAAGCUUAGGCAGUAGUGGAGGAAAAGGACGGUCGUUUAAAAGGCUGGCUAAAUCUAUAACUGGCAAAAUAAAACGUGAAAAAAAUAUUAGUAGCCUGGAAGAAGUCAAAGCAGAGCCUUUGGGAAAGCAACUUCAGCGCACUGAGCUGGCUGUCGAAUCUAGCGAUGGUGAUGAUGUCGACAACGAUGAUUUCACAUUGGAUGGUGGUGGCGGUGAAGACUUCUCAUCAUAUCCCAAGGCGACAGGAGGGUCUUCUUGGUCACUGGAAAAUACUGGCAAGAAGUCUACAGCAGCUUCGUCAGUGGAAAGAAGCUCUAGCGGAGUAAGCAAAAAGUCAGUGUCGAUCGAAAGGAGUGCUAGUGGUACAUCUGAACGUGUCGAAAAUGACGAAUGGCAGCGAAAACUGUAUGGUAGUAGUGGCAGAGAUAAUGGUAGCGUCACACCUGCGACCAAGUCUCUGGGUAGUGGCAUAAUUACCGACCCAGUCAAGUCACUGAGUAGUGUUGAUAAACAACUAGCAGGCACAGCCUCUGACAUCCUGAUCAUAUCAGAUCGAACCAACAGCCCUUCCACACCGCCUCCACGUUCACCGUCUUCCAACAAACGUUCGCCCUCCCGUUCUCCAAGGAUUGGCUCAAAGUGGAGUGGUGCUGUUAAGCGCGUAGUAGUCGGAAUGGAACAACACAACAAAGGAUCAGUGGACGGUCGGGCCUCUGGGGGCGGAGAGUUUGACGGCAAAUCUAAGGAUGAUUUGAUUGCAAUGGUCAUGGAACUCAGGCGACGAUUGACCGACGAAUCAAGACGACGAGAAGACUUAGAAGACUACGUAGAUGCACUUUUAGCCAGAGUCAUGGAUCGGGCCCCCAAUGUUUUGCAACGGCCGUUUGAGACUACAUCUUGUCGCAGACAAGUCCGGUGACAAAAACAAGUUAUUCAACUGAUCCUAAAAAUGGCCAAGGCCAAACUAUAUUAGGACAAUUCAACGGACAAAAAUGCACUACCAAAUCUAUUUUAUAUAUAACGUUAUAAAAUAUUAAAAUAGUAUUAUAUAAACACAGGGAUAGUAUUAUAAAGCAACGGCCGAAUUUAUUAACUUUAAUGAACGUAUUUAGCAAAUUUUUAUUUUUACAUAAAUUGUUAGCAAUAAUUGUUUUUCACAAAGUCUGAUAUCACAACUAUUAUUAUUUUUAAAUAGCAGUCUCUCUUGAAUUAUUGUGAAUUUUUCAAAUUAUGAUCCCAGCCAUAUUAUUAACGUUAUUUUAUUUAUUUAU